UUCCAUGUAGAAAGUUUCCACAUCACAUUUCAUGUCCUCAAGAUCAAUCUGUUCUUCACAUCUUCAAUGUGAAGAAAUAACAAGCUUUCUCUCCCCUGUCGCAAGGUUUCCCUGCCCUGUGCCUACGGACUCGUCUGGUCCAUUUACCACCACCACUCUUGGAUAUCUUCACCAAAAUUGCGCUCGAUUAGACACCUAGAACCGAUCGGGAUCGCUCGCUAUGCCCGUCAAACAUCACGGCGUGCCCUUCGACUGUGGUCGAGCACUACGGACCAUCCUUGACGAUGUUCUGAUUCAACAGCCGCCUCUCUGCAACUCACCGCGAAGCGUGAGGACGGUCGCACGCCAGCACAACACUUCACUUGGUCUGGUAGGUAGCCACGGCCCACAACAACAGAUCCGUGGCUUUCACGACUACUUUGUCACGCAUCUUCCCAAAUCUUCGGUCGCUCCCGAUCGUGCGCCACUCGCGACGCAUCACAAAUUGCCACGAUCCGACUCGAAGCCGCACGAUGGUCCGUUGCGCCGCAGUAGCGCUCUGCUCCCACAUUCUGCCUCUGCCACAGCGGCUGCGCCACCGAAAGACACCACGGUCGUGCGGAUACCUCUCAAGAGCGCAAAGCAUCAUUUCGGCGCUGGUGUGAGUCGUGGCAGUCGCCCAUACAAUGAAGACACUUACCAGGCCGGGACUGUCGAACUCCCUGCAUUCGCCACACGGCAGCCGGUGAGUCUCAGUCUGCGGCCAGGCAGUAGCGAUGGGAACAUCGCAGCACCUGGCGAAACAGGCGACCCCCAGGUCUUCUACUUUGGUGUAUUCGACGGACAUGGUGGCAAGGAAUGCUCGGAAUUUCUGCGUGAACGGCUACAUGCAUAUGUAGAAGAGACCGCACUGCUCUUUGGCAUGGAGAGUAGCUUACAGGACCAAGACGAAUCAUAUAUGCAGGGCGGUGUCAUGGGCGAACAGGAUCCGGAGGAUCUGCAGAAAAGUCUGGUGAGCAGCUGGCGAGAGACCGUCGGUGGAUACUUUAAGCGCUUCAAGCCCGAGCAUUUCCCAGCUGUAGUGGAUGCGGACAAUCAGGAAUGGCGAAACCAUAGCACCAUUGAGACUAUCCUCACGUAUGCCUUUCUGAAGGCUGACCUGGACUUCACGACCGCUCAGGCUGCGAAGCACACCGCUGCUGCGGCCGAAGCUACCAAAAACGCCGACGAAACGCGCAAAUCGAGCUCAAUGGACGAUCCAGUACUAGCAGACCGCCCACUGAACGAUAACGAUAUGCUAUUUCAUCCGGAGCGAGAAGCCUCCCAAAAUCUCUCCAAAAAGCCACGCCCAAACUCUCGUGGUUCAUCACCGAACCUCGACAGCCCCAUAGGCGGCAGUACACGAUUUCAGGGGGGAUCGACUGCAUCUGUUGCACUUGUCUCGACACCCACGCCAGUUCCAUUCUGGCACCCUGCCACCGCCAGUACGCUUGUAGUUGCUCAUGUCGGCGACACUCGCGUGCUGCUCUGCCGCACUUCUGACGGCGCAGCCGUGCCGCUGACGUCUAAUCACCAUCCUUCGAUGCAAACGGAGGCGAAUCGCUUACGCCGCUUCGCCACCUCAUUCGUAACGGACAGUUUCGGGGAGGAGCGAGUCCUAGGCCUAGCCAACACGCGUGCUUUCGGCGACAUUGGCAGUAAAAGAAUUGGUGUCUCUGCAGAGCCGCAAAUCACCACAACACAGCUGCCGCCGGCGGGAUAUGCAUUCAUGGUGCUCGUCAGCGAUGGCGUGUCCGGGCAUCUAGAGGAUCAGGAGAUCGUGGACAUUGUCAAAGAUGCCAAAACUCCCGCGCAGGCCGCGGAAAGUCUGGUUAGCUUUGCUGUCGAGGUGUCUGGGGACGCAGACAACGCAACAGCUUUGGUGGUGAGAUUGGGUGGAUGGGAGCGAAGGAGUGAGGGCGGAGGAGGAAGUUUGCGGACUAAGGAGCGGAGAGACUUCCGCCGGCAAGAGGCGAUGGAUCCGCGGUCGAGGCGACAGUGAUUUAUAGAUGUAGAUUGUUCUUUUCGAAAAGCGGGUGUGCUUUUUGCAAUAU